AUGGGUGCUCGACUGUUGACUGCGGUCGGUGCCUUGACGUUGGUUGUGGCAUUCGCCCUCCUCAUUGUCACCUGCGCGUCCAUUCCAAACACCAGCUUGCCUCUCUUCACUGUGGGUGCUCACGACGAUCGUAGAGGAGCGACUGGCGGAGAGAUCAGAGUGCAAUUCGGGCUCUGGGGCUGGUGUCAAUAUACGAGUGAAGUAUGGGGAACGCACCCGGAAGGCUGUGUCAAAGGCAACGGCACAUCAGGCUACAACCCCGCCGUGGUCAUGCGAGGCCUCAAUGAGGAUUUCCCUUCCUUUAACACAGCUGGCAGCGCGCGAGACUUGACGCUGGGAUUCGUCCUUCCGGCUGUUGCAAUAGCGACGACUGGUGUGGCGAUUAUCCUGGCGAUAGCAUGGCUGAUCAAACGCAAUCGAAUCAUCUAUAUCGCCAUCUUCACUUUAUCCGUCUUGUCUUUCAUCUUUACCAUCGCCGCUGUGGGCUGCGUGUUUGGAUUUUGCGAAAAGAUACGAAGAGGCACGCCGGCACGGACUCUUGUGUGGGUGGGUAGCUCUCAGGGCAGAACAGCGACGUUCUGGGAUUUGAAAACGUCCUAUGGGCCUUGCGUUGUCACCCUAGCCCUUGCGUGUGGUGUUCUUCUAGUCGCUGCGAUCAUACUAUUCUUUGCAUGGCUCGCCUCGAAGCGAGAGGGCCGAAGGACGUGGAGCGAGGGGACCGCCGAGAAGCAUCACGUCUCGCAUUCAGAGGUUGCUCCAUCAAGUUCAGCGCAUUGA